AUGUCGAACUCGACGAAUCUCUCGCCGGCUUACUUGGCGGAGGAUAAGUCUUCUCAGCUUGUUGUUACGAAUAGUAUCGUUUUCGGACUUGCGGCCAUCACUGUGCUUCUGAGAUUCGUUGCCAGGAAGUUGAAGAGCACUUCGUGGGGAGUAGACGACUAUUUGAUUGCGCUGGCUCUUAUCUGGGUAGCCGGGAUAUACGCCACCAGCAUACUUUCUGUCAAAGAUGGUAUAGGCCAUCAUAUUGAAGUGGUGGCGGAGCACAAAAUAGAAGAGAUAUUCAAAUUAAUCUACAUCAUGCAACUCUUUUAUAUUCUCUCGCCCGCCACUAUAAAACUGUCCGUUCUCUUCCUCUACAAGCGCAUUUAUGUUGGCGAGCGAUUUAUUCGCAUUGUGUACGCUCAUAUAAUCUUGAUAUCACUUUGGGUCACUAUAAUGUUCUUCAUGGCUAUAUUCAAUUGUACGCCGAUCAGUGCAUUCUGGACGAAUGAGGGGAAAUGCUUCAACUUUAAGGGUUUUGCAGUCGGGUAUGCAAUUGUGAACAUCCUGACAGAUGUAUCGAUUUGGAUAUUGCCUCUACCAAAAAUCUGGGAGCUGCAUUUACCUAUUGGCCAAAAAAUGGCACUCAUGUUGAUAUUCACACUGGGACUUUUUGAGAUAGCAUCUGCCUUGACGCGUCUCGUGUCUGCGAUGCUUCUUAUUGGCUCUCCAGACCCAACUUGGGAUUAUAUGACGGGAAAUAUUUGGUCCGUCAUUGAGCCCGCGGUUGGGAUCAUGUGCGCCUGCCUUCCUACCACUCGUGUUGUUUUACUUGCUGUCAUUCCCAAAUCCUGGCAUUCAGUAUUUUCUCUACAUUCAAGUCCAUCUAAAAAUGCUACGAGCGGCCGUGGAACGGGAGACUGGCCACGCACAGCAACAUACAACGAAAUUCAAAUCAAGAGUCAAACAGGAAUAUCGAAGAAGGAUCAUAGUGACGCAGGAAGUGAAGAUGCUCUAGAGUUGAGAGAUGUAAAAGAAUUCGGACAACAGGAAUUUGGAGAUAGAAUUAUGGUGAAGCAAGAAUAUGUGGUCAAGGAAGAGAGCGUGAGAGCAACUGAGAGCGUAUAG